UGUGUGUGUGUAUGACAGAGGAAAGGGGAAGUGGUACAGUUAAAAGAGUCCUCCUCCAUCUGCAGCUCUGCAGAACGCAACACCCACCUCGCAACAGCGACCACAGGGGGAGAGGACGGCCAAACUAACGACAAGAGACAAUGACAAGACGACAGGAGAGGUGAACACAGACGGAGACAAAUCAACAAGGAGCAAGAAGAACAGAACGACAGACCUGAAGAAGAGGAGAACAAGAAGGUGGUGGUGUUACGGUUGAGAUGGAGCUGUGGCGCCACUGUGCCGUGUGGCUGAUAGAGUGCAGGGUGCUCCCUGAGAGUCACAGGGUAACGUGGGACAGUGCUCAGGUGUGUGAGUUAGCCCAAGCUCUGAGGGAUGGAGUCCUGCUCUGUCAGCUGCUGAACAACUUACUACCCCACGCCAUCAACCUCCGAGAGAUCAACCUCCGACCCCAGAUGUCCCAGUUCCUGUGUCUGAAGAACAUCCGUACGUUCCUGGGGGUGUGCCAGGAGAAGUUUCACCUGAGGAAGACUGAACUGUUUGAAGCCUUCGACCUGUUUGAUGUCAGAGACUUCGGCAAGGUGAUAGACACCUUGUCCAUUCUAUCCCACUCACCCAUCUCCGUCCGGAAGGGUUUCCAGUCUUUCCCAAUAGAAGGCUGUAUUACCGAUGAUGAUAUCUACAACGGUCUCUCUGACCAGAUUGAUGAAACAGUGGACGAGGAUGAUGAUCUUUAUGACUGUGUGGAGGAUGAGGAGAAUGAGGGGGAUGAGAUAUAUGAAGACCUGAUGAGGGCCGAUGAGCCAUCGGAGACGCAGCAGAAGAUGGAGGUGGAUAAGAGAGAAUGCUGCCUGCAGGAGAUCAGACAGACAGAGGAGAAAUACACUGACACACUGGAGUCCAUAUUACAGCACUUUAUGAAGCCCCUCCAGAAGUUCCUUCAGCCUCACGACAUAGAGAGCAUCUUCAUCAACACGGCGGAUCUGGCUGUAACCCAUCGUAGUCUGCUGGGGGAGAUCCAGACCUCUAUCUUAACCCUGAAGGCCGAGAACCUUUACCAGGUCUUCAUCAACUAUAAAGAGAGGUUGUUGCCGUAUGGGCGGUACUGCAGUCAGGUGGAAGCAGCUACUAAACACCUGGACAAGAUGUCCGCCAUGAAGGAAGGAGUCAGAAUGAAACUAGAGGAGUGCUCUAAGAGGGCUAACAGUGGCAGGUUUUCUCUGCGUGAUCUACUCAUGGUUCCCAUACAGAGAGUCCUCAAAUACCACCUACUGCUCCAGGAGCUGGUGAAACACACCUCUAGCACUACAGAGAAAGAAAACCUUCGGACAGCUCUAGACGCCAUGAGAGACCUGGCUCAGUGUGUGAACGAGGUAAAGAGAGACAAUGAGAUCAUCAAACAGAUCACCACCUUCCAGUUGUCUAUAGAGAACAUGACUCAGUCUCUGGCUCUGUACGGACGACCCAAGAUAGAUGGAGAACUGAAGAUCAGCUCCUCAGAGAAGAAGUCCAAACAGGACAGGUAUGCGUUCCUGUUUGACAAGGCCAUGCUGGUGUGUAAGAAGAAGAGUGGAGAGACGAUGGAACUGAAGGAGAUUAUAGACCUGCAGUACUUCCAGCUACGAGACGAGACCACCGGGGAUAAGGACAGCAAGAAGUGGUCCCAUUUUUUCCUGCUUAUAGACUGUUAUGGGAAGUCAGGAUACGACCUGUUCUUCAAGACCAGAGAUCUCAAGAAGAAAUGGCUGGAGCAGUUUGAGAUGGCCCUGUCCAACAUGUGUCCAGAGAACUGUACUGCCAACAAUCAUGACUUCCAGAUGCACUGCUUUGAAGAUACCACCUCCUGCAAGGCCUGCUGUAUGCUUCUCAGGGGGAUAUUCUUCCAGGGGUAUCGUUGUAGUCGUUGCAGAAUGGCCGCUCAUAAAGAAUGUCUGGGAAGAGUACCAGGCUGCGGACGCAACGCAGACCACUCAGGGACCGUGAAGAAGAAUAAGAAGUCAGCUUCUCACAGACAAGCCAGUCCAGGCCUUCCUAAAAUGGAGGUGUGUCAGGAGUACUAUGGUUUGCCUCCGCCCCCUGUAGCGUUCGGCCAACCACUGCACCUCUCCAUGGGUGAUGUCAUCGAACUGACAAGAGCCGAGGCCAACCUAACGUGGUGGGAGGGCAAGAACGUGACGAUUGGUCAGAUGGGUUGGUUCCCCUGCAGUAAGGUCCAGCCCUUCAUCUCUAGACCAACUCCUGACCUAUCCGACUUCCUAUGGUUUGCGGGGAACAUGGACCGGUCAGCGGCGAAGAACCUCCUGAUUUCACGGUCAGACGGAACGUUUCUGGUCCGCCAGAAAGACGGAGGAGAGUUCGCAAUCAGCCUCAAGUUUAACAUGGACAUCAGACACAUCAAGAUCACGUCAACAGAAGGCCUCUACCGCAUCAACGAGAAGAAAGCAUUCAAAGGAUUAAUUGAGAUGGUUCAGUUCUACCAGCAACAUUCACUAAAGGAGUAUUUUAAAGAUGUGGACACCACACUCCAGACCCCCUUCAACCAGCCUGAACAGAGUGACACACCCUUCAACACACCCUCCCCAGGUACACAAACACACACCACCCUCCAGACUCCCUUCAACCAGCCUGAACAGAGUGACACACCCUUCAACACACCCUCCCCAGGUACACAAACACACACCACCCUCCAGACUCCCUUCAACCAGCCUGAACAGAGUGACACACCCUUCAACACACCCUCCCCAGGUACACAAACACACACCACCCUCCAGACUCCCUUCAACCAGCCUGAACAGAGUGACACACCCUUCAACACACCCUCCCCAGGUGGAAGUAUGCGUUCGUUCGGCACAGCUAGGGCCAGGUAUGACUUCUCAGCCAGAGACCGUACAGAGCUGUCUCUGAGAGAAGGAGACACAGUCAAGGUCCUGUCUAAGAAGGCUCACAAUGGAUGGUGGAAAGGAGAGGUCUAUGGACGGGUUGGUCUGUUCCCAGCUAACUAUGUAGAAGAGGAUUACUCUGACUACUGCUGAUGUUGCCUCACAUCUCCACUUGUGUGACUAUUGCUGAUGUCGCCUCACUGUCACACCUUCACCUGUGUGUGAAAGAGACAAUGUGUCCCAAUUCAAUCCCUUCCCCUUCCCUUGGCCCUAACCAGUGCAGUCAAAAAUGUGAUUUCACUGUUUGUUUUUUCAACAUUAUUUUCACACUAUGAGUUCAAAAUAACACUCUGAAAUUGUGAAAAAAUAUUAUAAUGUCCUUGUAGGUUUUUGAAAAACAAUGCUUCAGCCUGUUCAGGUGGGAUGGAGAUUUUGGCCCACAGCAUGACAUCACAAUCUGAUCCGAUUUUUCUGACCAAUGACCAGUCAUCUUUUUGCAUAUGUAUCCCCCUACUUUUAAGGGGUAAGCAGGGUAGGCUCUAGUGCAGGGAUGGGCAACUCCAGCCCCACUUUUCCCUAGCAAACACAGCUGAUUAAACUGACUGUAUUCUGAACUGAAGAUCAUUACUGGAGUCAGGUGUAUUAGCUGGGGCUGAAGUGUAACACCAAUCAGGCCCCUGAGGACUGGAGCUGCCCAUCCCUGCCCUAGAGUCUAGACAAUCCUAUCCGCCAAUCAGGGCUGUGUAUGUAAAUAUAUUAAAAUUUCUAUCAACACGCCGACACGAUCAGACUGAGCAUUCCAAUGGCAAAAGGAGGCUCAGGGAAAUAAAUGAGAAAACAUUUAUUUUAAGUUAUUUUCAUGAAAUAAACACAGUGAUUUAUUAGACAUCCAGUGAUGAUUUAAAAUAACAAUGUAAAAGACUGCGUGGAGGCGUUAAAUGUUUGCCUAGAUCUGCAAGAUAGAGGCAAUAUGGUGGAAGCGUUACCACUACCAUAGAGAAUGAUAGAGGCCUCUAGUGGCCAAAAGGUUGUAUUAGCAUGGGGCAACACCAUUGAGGGCUUCCACCAUUUUAAUGUAGUCAACUGGCUGGGACUUCCAACUUCAUUGGCUGAUCCUUCCUGGUGACCUUGUUGGGCGUCAUGUGCAACCCGGGUCAUCAGGAGGUAUCAGCCAAUCGUGAAGAAAAUGGACUACUUCAAAAUGGCCUCAAUGGCACUGCCCAUGAUGUCACAGACGCCGUAGUGGGACGGAUGCAAUGAUGCGGCCUCUUUCCAUCUCUAUGACCCCCACUACACACAGAUACAGCCCCUUCAGACAUGUUAACAUCGAGGGACCCCUGGCUUCCUCCUAUGUGUAGAACUCAAUGCACUGAUUCAAUGUUUCUGCUGUGAAUAAAACCUCUGACUUA